AUGGACCUUGAAGUCACGACCCUGACAGAUCUCUGUUCCAUUUGCGAGUGGACAAUCGAGUUCAAUGGAGAACAGAUCCCACAAACUUCAUUUGCACUCGUCGAUUCGGAAGAGAACGCCUACCAUGGCUUCAAAGAGGGAAUGCGUGCACAGCAGCUCACUGUGGAGAUUGCCAGAGAGAGCCUCAGACCUAUACCGGACGAAGAAAUCUAUCCGAUAUUCCCCUCGACUGGCCUAACCGCAGCACCGGAUGACUGUUCUGGACGAUAUGUUAAGCGCACAGCUUGGUCGACCUACCAAGAGCUCAAAGAUACCGCGUUGCUCCCUAAGCUUAUGCUUCAGGAAGCCGAGACAAUGGAAUUUCUAGCACAGAAUCCACACCCAAAUAUCGUUGGUUAUUACGGCUGUCGUUUGAAAAGAGGCAGAAUCGUCGGUCUAGUCCUAGAGACUUUCCCACUCAAGCAUGACCUAGCGGUUGCUAUACAACGGCCUGACCUAUUUAAAGGACUGAUAAGCAAGGACCGUAUCAUGACAGGACUACGGGCGGCUGUCGACCAUCUGCACUCGAUCGGACUAGCACACAACGACAUAAAUCCGGCGAACAUCAUGCUGGGGGAGGGAGGAGAGCCAAAACUCAUCGACUUUGGCUCGUGCCAACCAGUUGGUCAACGCCUCAUGUCCUGCGGGACUCCUGGGUGGUGCAAGGAUAUGUUUUACACAUCAGACCCUGCCCACGACGAAUAUGGUCUUGAGGUGUUAGGUCCGUGGCUGGAGAAAUUGAUAUCUUGUGAAGAGUGA